UCCUCCCGCGGCCGCCCGCCCGCCGCCCGCCGCCGCCGCCGCCGCCGGAGCUCUGUAGUAUGGCAUCGAGGAGAAUGGAGACCAAACCUGUGAUAACCUGUCUCAAAACCCUUCUCAUCAUCUACUCCUUCGUCUUCUGGAUCACCGGGGUGAUCCUGCUGGCUGUUGGAGUCUGGGGCAAACUUACUCUUGGCACCUACAUCUCCCUUAUCGCUGAGAACUCCACAAAUGCUCCCUACGUGCUCAUCGGAACUGGCACCACUAUUGUCGUCUUUGGCCUGUUUGGGUGCUUUGCUACAUGCCGUGGUAGCCCAUGGAUGCUGAAGCUGUAUGCCAUGUUUCUGUCCUUGGUGUUCCUGGCUGAGCUUGUGGCUGGCAUUUCCGGGUUUGUGUUUCGCCAUGAGAUCAAGGACACCUUCCUGCGGACCUACACCGAUGCCAUGCAGAAUUACAAUGGAAAUGACGAGAGGAGCCGGGCUGUGGAUCAUGUGCAGCGCAGCCUGAGCUGCUGUGGUGUGCAGAACUACACCAACUGGAGCACCAGCCCCUACUUCCUGGAGCAUGGAAUCCCCCCAAGUUGCUGCAUGAAUGAUACUGAUUGUAAUCCUCAGGAUCUUCACAAUCUGACUGUGGCCGCCACCAAGGUUAACCAGAAGGGUUGCUAUGAUCUGGUGACCAGUUUCAUGGAGACUAACAUGGGAAUCAUCGCUGGAGUGGCUUUUGGAAUUGCAUUCUCCCAGCUGAUCGGCAUGCUGCUGGCUUGCUGUCUGUCCCGAUUCAUCACGGCCAACCAGUAUGAGAUGGUGUAAAAAGAAGUCUUUCAGGAAUGGCGGAGUAAGAUACCUGUUUUAAAAAGGAACUGCAGCAAUCUUUGAAAGACUUCCAAAGAAUAUUAGAGCACAGUACAUAAUACACCUGCCCUGCUUCCCCUAACCCUCCUCCCCAAGUGCAACUGACACUCCACACAGUCUCUGCUCCACCUUUCAGCCCACAUCUGUGUUAGCGUUAACAUUUUGUGAAACCUCUUUGUGCCAGAGUGUAGCCAGUUCCCUGCAUCUAGUCCUAGUGGACCCCACCCUGGGCCCUGUGAGAUCCAGCUCCUCCAUCUGUAUUUGGUCCAACUACAGCUCAUUGUAGGUGAUGGGUUUUCACAUCAUCACUGGCCCCACUGGGCCUUGCAUGUAGUGUGGGAGGCUCCUGUUAGCCCUUUAUCAUGAUUGAUAAAUACCACACCCCUUGAUGUAGAUAAGCAGAUAGAUUUCUGUUCUUUUCACUUUAUCUUCUUUGGUUUGGUUUUCCCUUUACUGUUUUCUCUUUCCUGCCUUCUUCAGGCUGCCUAGGGCAUGUAAAGAAGUACAUCAAUAAUUGUUUUGAGGAGAAAAAGCAUGUUUCAUGCAUGAUGGAAAGUUGGUUGAGCUUUAGGUGAUCUCUCUGUUCAUUGUUGGUUACAUGCCUAGGUUAAAUGUAGACACUUUUAGUGCACUUAUGCCUCUAAAUUGAAAUCUGUAUAAUCCUGUUACAAAGCUGUAUCGUUGCUUCCUGUGAGGGCAAUGCUAUUUUACCUUUCCCUAUUAACUGCUAGAGUGUUAUUUUGCUUCUUUCUGUAAUUUUUCCUUGAAGCGACAUUAUAGACAUCGAGGGUCUCAUCAAAUCAAUUUUAAAAGUGAGUGAGAAGGGGGAAACAAAAGAUAUUUUCAAAAGAUCUUUAAAACUAUUGCCUCUGUCUAGCAUGCCAACAAGAAUGCAUUGAUAUUGUGAACAUUUGUGAUACAUGUAUUAAUAAAUAGAAUCAUUAAAAAUU